AUCAGCUGCGUUCAAGCUGACAGUCACACUCCUCACACCCGCACUCAGUUAGGUGUAUCCGAAAAAUAAUCAUGUCUCCUUCCUUCGUUUCUAACGGCGAUUUGACUCCCGUCAAGUCCGGUGCUGUCAACGGACGUGUGGCUUCAGUCUAUAGUGAAGUUCAAACUAGCCGUAUCGACCACGCGCUUCCUCUUCCUUCCGUUCUCCGUAGCCCUUUCAAAAUCGUCGACGGUCCCGCCAGCUCAGCUGCGGGCAAUCCAGAUGAGAUUAAGAAGUUGUUUCCGAAUCUGUUCGGGCAACCGUCGGCAAACCUUGUGCCAAACGACGUCGAUACUCUGCCGGCUAAUCAGAAGUUGAAAAUCGGUGUCGUUUUGUCCGGAGGCCAGGCUCCAGGCGGACACAAUGUGAUCUCGGGAAUUUUCGAUUAUUUGCAGGAUCGUGCAAAAGGUAGUGUCCUGUAUGGAUUUAGGGGAGGUCCGGCUGGGAUCAUGAAGUGCAAAUACAUUGAAUUGACUCCGGAAUAUAUUUAUCCGUACAGAAACCAGGGUGGCUUUGACAUGAUUUGCAGUGGAAGAGACAAGAUUGAAACUCCAGAGCAGUUUAAACAAGCUGAAGAAACGGCUAAGAAGCUGGAUUUGGAUGGCCUUGUCGUUAUUGGUGGUGAUGACUCAAACACAAACGCUUGCCUCCUUGCUGAAAACUUUAGGGGUAAAAAUCUGAAAACUCGGGUGAUUGGAUGCCCAAAAACCAUUGAUGGUGACUUGAAAUGCAAAGAGGUUCCCACAAGUUUUGGAUUUGAUACGGCAUGCAGGAUAUAUGCUGAAAUGAUCGGAAAUGUGAUGAUAGAUGCACGGUCAACUGGAAAAUACUAUCAUUUUGUACGGCUUAUGGGACGUGCUGCUUCCCAUAUUACUCUUGAGUGUGCACUGCAAACUCACCCAAACAUUACCGUUAUUGGAGAAGAGGUUGCUGCCAAGAAGCAAACACUGAAAAAUGUCACAGACUACAUUGUUGACAUAAUCUGUAAACGGGCUGUACUUGGUUACAACUAUGGUGUCAUACUCAUUCCAGAAGGUUUAAUUGAUUUUAUUCCUGAGGUGCAGCAGCUUAUUGCAGAACUGAAUGAAAUUCUAGCCCAUGAUGUUGUUGAUGAAAAUGGGCUAUGGAAAAAGAAACUCACUGGUCAGUCUGAACAACUUUUUGAGUUCUUACCUCAGGCUAUUCAAGAACAAUUGAUGCUUGAAAGAGAUCCCCAUGGAAAUGUCCAGGUUGCCAAGAUAGAAACAGAAAAAAUGUUGAUUCAAAUGGUUGAGACUGAGUUGGAGAAGAGGAAACAGCAAGGUGCAUACAAAGGCCACUUCAAAGGGCAGUCCCACUUUUUCGGGUAUGAAGGAAGAUGCGGUUUGCCAACAAACUUCGAUGCUUCCUACUGUUAUGCGUUGGGCUAUGCUGCUGGAGCUCUCCUUCAUAGCGGGAAAACUGGCUUAAUAUCAUCAGUUGGAAAUUUAAGUGCUCCAGUUGAUCAAUGGACUGCCAGUGGAACUGCUCUGACCGCCUUAAUGGAUGUGGAGAGGAGACAUGGUAAGUUCAAGCCUGUGAUCAAGAAGGCCAUGGUAGAACUUGAUGGUGCUCCGUAUAAAAAAUUUGCAUCCUUGCGCGAGGAGUGGGCUCUCAAAAAUCGCUACAUUAGUCCUGGCCCUAUUCAAUUUGUCGGUCCAACGUCCGUUGCUGUUAAUCACACACUACUCUUGGAGCUGGGUGCUCAAGUUUAAGCGUGCUGUCAAAUUCGUCCUCAGACGGAACUGAAGUUCAUACAUCCAAAAAGAAAGCAAUAACGAACUGAUUGUGUUCUUUAUCUCUGGGUUGUUUUUGUUUUAUUUUAUGUUAUGUGAGAAUUUUAGCUUACAUUUUUGGGACUUUUAGAAGAAUGAUGUUUUUUAGAUUAUCUUUUUUAAUGUUAUUGUUGUCUUGAGCCCACGAGUGGCCAUCGUCCCGCGGCUACUGUGCAAUGGCUAGUUUAUUGAA